UCCUCCGAUCCCCCUCCGCUCACAACACCUCACCAGUGACAUUCAUCCCCCUUCCUCCCCGCUCCCGGUUCCCCGUCGCUCUCCGACUCCGCUCCCUUCUCUUUCCGACGUCACAUCUCGAUCCACCCCGUCGCGGCCCCCAGAUCUCUCUCUGCUUUAGCCCACCCCGCGCCCCGGUGCGCGUCCACUCAUCGCGAUCGCCGCCUGCUCGAUUGAUAGCUCUCAAGCUGAGAGCUAGUCCUCCUCCUUGUUCACUCAGUCAGUCAGGUCAGUCUCUCGCUCGCGCUCGCCAGCUCUUUCCCACCUGCUGACCUGCAUGGAUCCCUCCGGGCCUGGCCCGUCGUCGGUCAUGGGGGCAGCAGGCGGCGGCGAGGCACCGGCCGUGGCGCCGCCGCGUCCGGCGCAGCUGAGCAGGUACGAGUCGCAGAAGCGGAGGGACUGGAACACGUUCCUGCAGUACCUGCGAAACCACCGGCCGCCGCUGACGCUGGCGCGGUGCAGCGGCGCGCACGUGAUCGAGUUCCUCCGGUACCUGGACCAGUUCGGCAAGACCAAGGUGCACGCCGCCGGGUGCGCCUACUACGGCCAGCCGGCACCGCCGGGGCCCUGCCCGUGCCCGCUGCGCCAGGCGUGGGGCUCCCUCGACGCGCUCAUCGGCCGCCUGCGCGCGGCGUACGAGGAGAGCGGCGGCACGCCCGAGUCCAACCCCUUCGCCGCGCGCGCCGUGCGGAUCUACCUCCGCGAGGUGCGCGACUCGCAGGCCAAGGCGCGCGGCAUCCCCUACGAGAAGAAGAAGCGCAAGCGCGCGCAGCAGCAGCAGGCCGCCGCCGCCGCGGAUCCUGCUUCGACGAGCUCGUCCGCUGCUGCUGCCGGCGGGAGCGGGACUAGCGGCAGGGCUGCUGCUGCAGCUGCCGCGUCCGCCGCUCAGGCCGGAGGGAGUAGCGCUGCACCGAGCACCACUUGAGAGUACAGUAGACCUGCAGAUCUUGUUUAAUUAUCGUCUCCGUCUCCGUCUACGCAUCGCAAGAUUUGAGCUUUCACUCUACUUUUGCUCAACAUAUGCUUCUUGCUUCUUUUCCUUCUGUCGGCGGUUUCAUCCUUUUUUGUAGCUUGUUUUCGGAUCUUUCUUCUUCCUGAUUUAUUAGCUAGGUCAGUAGUAUAUAUAUGGGUAGAAUUUGGAGUAGCCGGCCGAAGGGGGGAAAUGGGCUGAUUAUUAAUCGGUGCAACUACGUGUUCAUCAUGAUCUGAUACGUAUGUACAUAUAUUAUCCUUGGUAAAGCAAGGACGUACGAUUUGAGGCCAUGGUAAUGGCUUCCUAGCUUGCUAAUAAAUAACAUUUCAGAUCAAAAUCUCCCAA